GACAAGUUAUUAUAAUUAUUUAACGAGAGAACAGUUGGAUGUAUGUACAGUACGUGUUCAGGCAUGUAUGUGUGCGUUCUGGGCGAUUGUUCAGGUACUAUCUGGCAUCUGUUCAGAGGGGGGGAGGGAGAUACUGGCGUAAGCAAGUCUUACUCACUCGCACGAUAGACUCAGAAAAUCGCGUUUCCUCCCCAUUUCUCCCAAUUUUCCCCCACGGCGAGUGGAGAGGUAGUAGAUAACCAGAAUGCAUAGGGAAGCUCGGCGAAGGAUACGAAAUCGGGGAGCUAGGGCGUGUAGGAGAACAAGCGAAAAGACCGUGCAAUAGGUUGUUACAUGUGGAAACUCGUCCCGAACGUGAAUGGCCGAGGGACCUCUCGCGAGGCUAGAAGGCCGGCCUUUCUCGAACGUUACCUACUUUACUUUAACAUAUUUAUUUCGCAUACUUUGUCCUUCACCUUCACCUCUAGAAGAAUUUCGAAGUACGCCACGGAAGUGUUGUCCGCAUGAAUGGGGAUCAUAGCGAGCGUGGUAUACGCUGGCCAUGCUAGAAAUAAUGUACAUGGAAAAGAAAACAUGGUCGUCUCCAACUUGUCGGCCUCUGGUUCAUACUUGUCUAGUUGGCAGAAGUUCGUUGCUUUGAAAGUUUGCGUUUGUGGUGUUGUGAGAAGUUAUUUGCGGUUAUUUUCCUGUCUCUUCGCUCUGUUUCGAUUCUCCUGCGUAUCUCCCGUUUCUUUCGUCAUCGAAGGUGAUUUCGUUUCGCUUGAAAGGCCACACGUGCUCGCAGAGAAGACAGGGUCGCGUUGGCGGAGGAGAGAGAACGAGCGAGCGAGUUCGGUGGCGCAGUGCAUGGCGUGGCGGGGCUGCUCGUGCGGCGGCGGCGGCAACAUGCUGGAACGUGCAAGGAGGAUGGGGGCAGAGCAGGCGUUCACCCUGCCAGGGAUCAGUAUCAAAUGAUUACGGCUUUCUCAUGAUUGUGGAAUUACCUGGGAAGAAAUAAAGUAUAAGGGGUAAUAAGCGCAUCGCCAAAUACCUGUUCUACGCGGCUGAAUAGAUAUGCUUGGUAUCAUUGGUAUAGCCAAGUACGAAAUUUCACAAAAGGAAAGUACAUAAUACCUGAAGAGCUUGCCCGCAAGAUACACCGAAUCCACGGAGAUGAAAGGAGCUGCAGGAACACCCCUCGACCACUGCAGGAGUGCGAGGAUGAGGUCAAAGAAGGUUCCGAGCAGGGCGCAAGGCAUGGAGGGCGAGAGAACAGGACCUACUUUGGUGAGCAAGGCCACAAACACUGCAGGACACACAUCGACAGUCCUCAGAGGGGGCAGCGUAGGGAGAGUAGCGGAAACGCCCUCCCUCCUGAAAGCACAGCUGGGUCGGGGUUCCGUCCCAGGACGCGGUCCAGCCUUCAAGAAAGAGUCCCUGGGUGUGAGCAUGGCGUCGCCUCCGGCAGAUCCAAAGGACAUGGAAACUCAGAAGGCUCAGGAGAAGCUCAGGCACAUCGAAUCCUUGGGGAUUAUCAAGAUCGAGAAAGAUGAG